UAUAUUUAGUAUGUACAUAAUACAAUAACAAUGUAUGAACCACGAAAAAAGAUUUUUUGGUUUGCAUUAAUUACUAGAAUAAUAGUUUUAAGUUUACAAUUUAUUUUUAAUAUUGCGUGUCCUGAUCAUUAUGCAGAUGCAUUUAGAAGUCCUAGCGAUAAAUUUCAAAAAGUGUCAUUAUAUGAUAAUAUAAUUACAUUAUUAUUUAAUGGUCUCACCCGAUGGGAUGGUGAAUAUUUUAUACAUAUUGCCAAAUAUGGUUAUACUUAUGAAAAUACUUUAGUAUUUUAUCCAUUAUAUCCUAUGCUAAUUCGAGUUAUAGCUGCUUUCAUUAGAAAAGUAUUCUUUUUAUUAAAUGUUAAGAGUUCCAUAAUUAUUGCCAGCAUAUUUUUUAAUAGCAUAUGUUUUAUAAAAUCUGCUGUUAUAUUUUAUGACCUUAGUAAAGUAGUAUUAAGAAAAACAAACGCAGCCUACAAAGCAGCAGUACUUUAUUGCAUAAAUCCAGCUACUAUAUUUUUUUCAGCUAUUUAUUCAGAGUCGUUAUUUGCUUAUUUAACAUAUUAUAGCAUGUUAAGAUCUAUUAAACUGGAUUUAUAUGUAGCCUUUCCAAUAGGUUUAUCUAUUCUUACAAGAUCAAAUGGUAUGGUUAAUAUUGGUUUUCCUGUAUAUUUUCAAUUAAAAAGACUGUGUGAUCGUUUUUUAACAGAGCAUGAAAAUUUUUCAUUAAGAGCUUUAAGCCAAUUUCUAUUUAAAAUAAGUACGUUAAGAAGUAUUUGUUUAAUGAGUAAUACAAUAAUUAUAUCAAUAGCUCCAUUAGUCUUAUUGCAAAUAUAUAAUUAUAUUAUAUUUUGUGUUCCUCAUUCAGAUAAAGUAUUCAUUCCUGACCAUAUUCUUAACCAUAGUAUGAUAAAUAACUUUAAAUUACCAGGUAAUAAUAACAUAGAUUGGUGUAAUGCUUCACUUCCAAUAGCAUAUUCUUAUGUACAAAAAAAGUAUUGGAAUGUAGGUUUUCUUAAAUACUAUACGAUUAAACAAAUACCAAAUUUUAUUUUAGCACUUCCAGUAUUAUAUAUCAUGAUUAAAUGUAUUAAAGAGUAUUUUAUUGAGCACAGACAAUACUUUUGUACAUUGGGUCUCAUUGUAGGAGUUGAUAAAACAGAAUUUGCUAAAACAAAGAAAUAUCCUGCUGAAAUAUUAGUUUUUAUCAUUCAUGGUUUGUUCAUGACAGUAUUUUGCAUUUUUGUUGUGCACAUUCAAGUAAGCACACGUUUACUAUGUUCAGCAAGCCCUUUAGUCUAUUGGUAUUGUGCUUUAAUUAUGUGUCAUACACCACAUUAUAAUGAUAAUAGAGCUUACGAAAGUGUAGAAAAUAUGAACUCAAAAUGGAAAGUAUUUAUCUUGACCCAAAAUGAAUAUACUUUGAAGGAUAAGCUAAUAUUAACCUACUUUCUGGGAUAUGUAAUUAUAGGAUGUUUCAUGUUUUCAAAUUUUUUACCAUGGACAUAAUUUACAUACAUCUAUGCUCUGUAUACAUUACGUUACAUAAACUUUAAUAAAUUUAAUGUGAUGUACAUUAUUUAUAUAAACACAUGAUUACAUAAAUAGUUAAUAUUUACAGAAAUGUAAAAUAUAUAUUAUAAUAUUUUAUAACCAUGAAUACAAUUUAAUGUAAAUUUUUAUCGUGCAUUAAAUAAUUAUGUAGUAAUACGUGUAUGAAUUUAAAUUACUUAAUAUGUGACUUUUUAUGUUUAAGUAUUUCAAUUGGUGUUAGAUAUAAUGUCUUUGCACAAUCUGAACAUUCAUAUACUUGUGUAUUGGGUUUGUGUGGUGUUUUUAUAUAACUUUCUUUUGUAUCCGUUGUAUGUUUUACACAAGAUUCUUGAUGUUGUAACUUCUCUAUGCUAGUGAGAAUAGCUUGCAUAUUACAGUUUUGACAUUGCCACUCAUUUUCUAACAUUUCUGUAUAAAGUUUGUAACUCCAUUCUGUUUCUUUUAAACUAAAAAAUAAAAGUUAUAGUCAUUGUAUUUUACAAAUACAGUAAAUAUAAUAUUCAAUAACUUACCAGUUAUAUGUUAUUAUAUUUGACACCUGAACACCUCCUUUAACUGGAUUAGGAACUGCUAUAAAAUCAGAUUGAAAAGGAUUUGGAUCUAUAGGUAUAAUAUUUUCUGAACUUCCUACAUAUAUUAUUUUAAGAUCCGCUGGUAACAGUCGCUUUACUGUAUAUGGUAUCGUUGUGUGCAUGUAUUCAAUUAAUUCUUGAGUAAGCGUAUAUUCAACUUCAUUAAAAUCUUGCAUAUCUUUAUCACUAGUAUUUAAAUCUAUAAAAUGUUUAUCUAUAAUAUGUUACCUUAAAAAUCAUAUUCAAUUUUAACACUACUAGUUCAUAAAUGGAUUUUAUUUUGUACCUUGUAAUUGUUGAUUUAACAAAAGAUCCCAUUUAUUUCGUAAUUUAGUAGCUUUUAUUAAUAAAGUUUGGCCAGUAUCGGGUACAGGAAAUUCUAAUGCUAACCAUGAGUCACAUACCAUACUGUAAAAUGGAAACGAUAUUUAUAUGUAUAAACAAGUUUUGAAAUUAAUUAUACUGUGUACUAUAUUUACUUACACUGAAAAAGUCCUGUUCGUGUGAAUUUCGUUUGCAAAUAAAAGUAAUGUCUGUGCAGCAGGCAUCCUAACUGUGUUCACCAAAUAAGGCUUUGUCGUUUCCAAAAGAGAUCUGUUAAUUAUAAUUAAGUAUAUAUCUAAAUAACUGUAAUAAAAUAAUUACUCAUCAUAAUAAUCAUUUUUAUUAAAAACUUACAGAUACGCUAAUAUUGUAUGUUUCGAACUAACAGGAGUUUUACUUUUAAAUCCUGAUAUCGAAACAAUAUCAGUUUCUUCCAAUUGUAAUACUUGCGGAUGAUUUCCAAAGAAGCUCAUUGGAUGUAAUGCUACAUAUGGUUUUGCUUUUGUAUGAAAUAAUUGCUCAGUUGUUGACUGCAAAGUCAUGUAUUACUUUCAAAAAAAUAAUUGCUAUUUUAAAUAAGCAAAAUGAUGUUACCUUACAAUAAUUAAAUUCAUCUGCACACGCAAAUUGCGGGUACAAACCACUGCAUAAUAUUAUUUUCAACAUUGUUAAGUCUUUGUAACUACACGCAGUAGCUGCUGUCAAUAAAUCUUGAACUUGACUUGAAUCAUUUUUCAUUCGAAACUCAACAUCUUUUAUAUCAAUUCCAUCCUCAUCGUGAGCGCUAUCUUCUGAGUAUAUAUUAAAUGUUUCUAGCUUUAGUUGUUUCCGCUUUCUAGGCGCCUUUUGUUUGUAAGUUCUUUUUAAUGACUUCAAAAGCUUCAAUUCUCCGUAUCUUAUAGCACGUUCUGCACUAGACAUAGAAGAAUUUAGUUCAGGAAGAUUUUUCAGUAAAUUACAAUCCUGUAAUAAAUUAACUUAAUAUAAUAAACCUUUUGAUAAACUAUAACAAAUGUAAUAAAUUUACGCUAAUAAGGUAUCAAUAACCUGAAGUAAUUCUUUAAAUUGCGUCCUCAAUUUUAUCAUUUCAUAAAAUCUUUGUUCUUCUAGACCUCUUCUUUUACACCAUUUUUUACUAUUACUUCCACUACCCAUUGAUUCUUGAGAGCUUUGUUGUUUUACUUCUAACCACUCUCUGAAUGCAUUUAAUAGGGUUAUUGGAUCACCAUGAUCAGAUUCCAAUGUUUUCCUAGAUGUCUUUAACAUUUUUAAUCACUGCAUAAAAUCAGAUUGUUUAAAAUUGAAAUGUAUACAUUACAUUCCGUUACCUCACACUCUGAGUCUCUAUAUGCUCUGUUUGUAAAUGGUGUUUGUAUGCUUAAUGCUGCAGCUAAUGAUAAUACUGGUUCUACUUGAUGGAAAAUUGAGCCCAUUAUUAACAU